AGAGCAAUAUAAAUAAACUAAUAAAUUCAAACAAUUUCUCUUGCUGAGGCCUGAGAGCGUGUAUAUUUUUCUGGGCUGUUCUGCUGAUCUGAGUUGUGAGACAGCAGUAGAAACAUGAAAUAAGAUCACCACUUUCGUAGUUUAUUCUGUAAACUGUCCUCUUCUCUUCUGCGCUGGGCCCCACUCUAUACUCAUACUCAUCUUGAUCAUCAUCUUCUUCAUAUAUAUACACACACAUUUGCACUAUACAUACACUCAAAAUCUCUUAAAUUAUCUCCCUCUCCUCGUUAACUCCGUCCAAUCUCCGCUAAAGAUAUAGCCGUUUGAGUAUUUCGUUGUUGGGUUUGAGAUGGGUGGGCAAUCAGACAAAUGGGUGCUGAUGGUUACUGCGCAAACCCCCACAAAUAUUGCGGUGAUUAAGUACUGGGGGAAGAGGGAUGAGACGCUAAUCUUGCCGAUUAAUGACAGUAUCAGUGUGACUCUGGAUCCGGAUCAUUUGUGUACAACUACUACGGUUGCUGUCAGCCCUGGUUUUGAUCAGGACAGAAUGUGGCUCAAUGGCAAGGAGAUAUCUCUUCUUGGAGGUAGAUUUCAAAGUUGUUUAAGGGAACUCCGCUCUCGUGCUUGUGAUUUUGAGGAUGAGAAACGGGGUAUUAAGAUUAAAAAGGCAGACUGGGGAAAACUUAAUCUUCACAUUGCUUCUUAUAACAAUUUCCCGACUGCUGCUGGUUUGGCUUCCUCAGCUGCUGGUCUCGCUUGCUUUGUUUUUGCGCUGGCAAAGCUAAUGAAUUUAAAAGAGGACCACAGCCAACUUUCUGCAAUUGCUAGGCAAGGUUCUGGCAGUGCUUGUCGAAGUUUAUAUGGUGGCUUUGUUAAAUGGAUUAUGGGAAAGGAGGAAAAUGGAAGUGAUAGCAUUGCUGUACAACUUGCUGAUGAAAAGCACUGGGAUGAUCUUGUUAUUGUAAUUGCUGUGGUAAGUGCAAGGCAGAAGGAAACAAGUAGCACAUCAGGAAUGCAAGAUAGUUGUAAAACUAGUAUGCUUAUACAACAUAGAGCCAAGGAAGUUGUACCAAAACGUGUGAUUCAGAUGGAAGAGGCUAUUGAAAAACGUGAUUUUUCAUCUUUUGCACGCCUUGCUUGUGCAGACAGUAAUCAGUUCCAUGCAGUCUGUCUGGAUACAAGCCCCCCUAUAUUCUACAUGAAUGAUACAUCCCAUAAGAUAAUUAGCUGCGUUGAGAAAUGGAAUCGCUCUGAAGAGACACCUCAGGUGGCUUAUACUUUUGAUGCGGGGCCUAAUGCAGUUAUGAUUGCCCGUAACAGAAAAACUGCCGCCCUUCUGCUUCAGAGGCUGUUGUUUCAUUUCCCUCCCCAUUCAGAUACUGAUUUGAAUAGUUACGUCAUUGGGGACAAGUCAAUACUACAAGAUGUAGGAGUCCAGGAUAUGAAGGAUGUGGAGAACUUACCCGCACCUCCAGAAAUAAAAGAUAAUAUUCCGGCCCAGAAAAGCAAGGGAGAUGUGAGUUAUUUUAUUUGCACAAGACCUGGACGAGGUCCAACAGUACUUUCUGACAGUCAAGCUCUGCUCAACCCUGAAACUGGGCUUCCCAAGUAAGAAAUGGUGCAUUUGUCAUAAAUUUACACAACUCCAUUCUCCAGUUCAUCAAUAUUCCCUAAAAUCAGAAGCUUCUUAUCAGGGGACCAAGCAGAGCUGUUUUCAUCUAAAAUCUAUCGAGUUACUAUCUUGUACCGUAUUUAACUGUUUUUUUUUUUUGCCGAAUAUUUAACUGUUUUUUUAUAGUGAUAAAAAACAAUAACUCCCCCCACCCCCUCCUGUUUUAUGCUAUUCAGUUUAAUUUCUCAGUAGAUCAAAUUGCAAUCC